UUCAAUAGAGUCGAUAGAGACAAAAACGGAGUUCUAAAUCUUUAUGAACUACAAACAGCUUUACACAAUGAUGAUUCGUCUGCUUUUAAAAUAUCUACAAUCAAAACUUUGAUCAAAAAUUUUGUACCUCAGAAAGAAAUUGAUUAUCUAAUUGAUUUUGAGGAUUUCAAAAAGCUAUAUAAGGAGAUUAUCACUUGGAGAAACAUUUUCAAACAGUUUGAUCUCGAUAAUAGUUUCACUAUCGAUUUUAGUGAAUUUGUAUCUUCAAUUGAAAAAAUUGGCUUUUCUUUACCAGAAAAUCUAAACAGGUUUAUUUUCAACAAAUUCUCUUAUAAAAAUCCUUCGAGUUUGAACAACGAAAUGAAAUUCGAUUCUUUUGUCGAAAGCAUACUAUUGAUCAUCUCUCUCACAAAAACAUUUGUCAAGUACAGAACUCAAGAGGAUUUUAACUACGCAAAAAUAUCCUAUCCUGACUUUCUUGAAGAAUUUGUGAAACUCAUAGCUUAA